UCACGAAUAAAAUAAUUAAAUUUAUUUUGGUUAUGUUAUCUUUACUUUAGCUAUUACAUUAAAGUAUUACUCAAUUUUAUGGGACUUUAACAGACAUAAUGACUCAAUUAGAUACUAACGACUACGUAAUUAGAUACGAGACAUUCAUAAACGAUGUCCUCAAAGAAGAUUUAAGACAAGUUGAUUUACGACUUCAAGAGGUUAACGGCGAAAUUACAGAUUUAAUUCAACAAAAACAUUCCUUGAAAGUGAUCAUGGAUAAGAGUAUACAUCCGAACGGGUUUAAAACUCAAGUAAAUUUAGGGUGCAACUUUUUUAUGGAGGCGGCAGUUAGCGAUACAUCGAAAUUGUUAAUGAAUAUUGGGUUGAAUCAUUAUUUGGAGUUUAAUAUAGAAGAAGCUAAUCGGUAUUUGGAUGUACGGAUAAAGGCGUUUGAGAAGAAGGCUGAAGAAUUGAAGAAUCAGAGUGCAGAGACUAAAGCUCAUAUUAAACUGAUGUUGUUCCAUAUUGGAAAGAUUCAGAAUAAGCAAGGUUAUGGGAUUAGCUAAGUAGUGUUCAAGUAAAUAGUGUUUUAAUUUGGAUAAGAGUUUUUUAUUUUAGGCCUUUUUUUAGGGGCUGUGAUUAGUGAUGAAAGAGACCCAGACUUUUAAAAAGCCUCGACUAAUUUUAAUGCCUCACGACUAGUCUAGUCUUUUAACCAUCAUGACUUGAGUCAUAAGACUAAAACUGAAGACUAAUUCGAGUCAAAUUCUAUUAACCUUAGGAAGCUUAAAAGACUUAUAGGACUAGAACGACUA